CAGCUCAAGCGAGCGAAGCCCUACGGCUCACUGUUCCAGCGGGCGAAACCCGGGAGCUUCCUGCCGGAGCGAAAGCAAAUCGAUAAGAUCAGGAAGAAGAAGAAGCUGAAGAGGAGGGAAGCGGAGGUGUCGGCGGAGGAGGACUAUGAGGAGAAGCUGCUGGAGCUAGAGGCAGAGGACUCUUACGUCGAGACGCCGAUGAGCCCGGCGUCUGAGGGUGAUCCUCCGUCUGCGGCCGAGCACUGCUCGGUGUGGGACUCUGACACGACUUCCAGCGUCUCCUACCCCGCCGGGACAGCCGAGCAGGCGGUGGAGAUCCAGAGCGUGGGCAAGCGGACGCGGCAGGGCAAGCAGGUGGUCUUUCGGGAUGAGGACGGCACCGGCGACGACGAGGACAUCAUGGUGGACUCGGGGAGGUGGCCUGAUGACGACUCAUGGGACCUGGUCACUUGCUUCUGCAUGAAGCCUUUCGCAGGGCGGCCGAUGAUCGAGUGUAACGAGUGUCACACCUGGAUCCACCUCUCCUGCGCCAAAAUCCGCAAGUCCAAUGUCCCAGAGGUCUACAUAUGCCAGAAGUGCCGGGACUCCAAGUUUGACAUUCGCCGUUCGAACCGCUCCCGGACGGGCUCGCGCAGAC